AUGACGACUCACAUAGCAAAUAAGACUUCUUUACCAACCCGAGAGCGCAUUAUUGCUUUAUGGGCGGAAGGUGAAAGCAAUAACAAUAUUGCUACACAUUUUGGCAUAACUAGGCAUACGGUAUCGAAUAUUGUUGGAAACAUGAUGGAAAGAGGCCAUUUACUAGAUAUAAAACCAGGAGGGAAACCUAGAGAGAGAGCCAAACCGAACAUAGUAGAACACAUCGAAUUUCAAAAGCUAUCAAAACCAAGCACAUCUGCCGUCGAAAUACAAGCGACCUUGCUAAACGAUAGGGUAUGUACAGUUGACAAUCUUCCAGCAAAAUCAACAAUUGGGGAUAUAAUUAAAAACGAUCUGAACUAUACAUACAAAAAACGUACAGUAAUACCCGAAGAAUCGCUGACUGAAGUCGUUAUAUAA